AUGGGAGGAGAAUACGAAUUCGACUUUAUGGACUCGAAAGACUGGGAUUUAAAAGCCUAUCAGAAGUUUCUCAUUGGAAUAAGGGAGAAAUAUUCAUCAUCUGUCGUCGGAGAUGAUCUAUUUGUUCAAGGAAAAGACCCUAAUCCAUCUGACAAUGUAUUCGCACGGUUUCACUUCCAAUGUAGACGUCAUGAACAUUGGAAAUCACCUGAUCAUGGACAAUGGUUUCUAAGAUGGGACCCCUCCAUCAACACCCCCGUCGAUGAUAUCCAUGGAAGAUGUGAUUAUGAUAAUCCUAUUCAAUUCAAAACAAUUCAUAACGAAUUAAAGAAGAAGUUUCCAAGGAGCUUUCAUAUUUAUGAUGACGAUCUCGAGGAUAUGAUUCAAGACUAUAACGAUUACCAAGAGGAACCUCAAGACUUUACUGCAUGUGACUCAGUUAUUGUGGCAGAUGUGAUUACUAUAAGAGUAAGAGUAAGAGUUCUUGUGUUGUUUGCUAAAGAAGAUGUUGUUACCUGUAUGCAAAAUACUCUUUCUUUCUUUAAAGCUUUGACUAGUCAAUGA